GAGAUGCUGAUUUGUUUUUUUUUCCUGUCUCCUUGUUCAUGGAUCCAUUUGGGCUUGGACGUGUUGCUCUCUUGGCACGCCCCAGGGCGAACAUCAUCAUGACCGUCUCGUCCACACUCCUGGCCCUGGUCCUCAUGCCCUUGUGCCUGUGGAUCUACAGCCGGGCCUGGAUCGACACCCCCGUGGUGCAGUUGCUGCCCCUGGGGACCGUGAUCUUGACCCUCUGCAGCACCCUCAUCCCCAUCGGGCUGGGCGUUUUCAUCCGCUACAGGUACAGCCGGGUGGCGGACUACAUCGUGAAGGGUUCCCUGUGGUCUCUGCUGGUAACGCUGGUAGUGCUUUUCAUCCUGACCGGCACGAUGUUAGGGCCCGAGCUGCUGGCCACCAUCCCCGCCACCGUGUACAUGGUGGCGAUUUUCAUGCCUCUGGCAGGCUACGCCUCGGGCUAUGGCCUGGCCACUCUGUUCCGCCUCCCGGCCAACUGCAAGAGGACCGUGUGCCUGGAGACGGGGAGCCAGAACGUGCAGCUCUGCACGGCCAUCCUGAAGCUGGCCUUCCCCCCGCAGCUCGUCGGGAGCAUGUACAUGUUCCCCUUGCUCUACGCCCUGUUCCAGUCUGCGGAGGCCGGCCUCUUCGUCCUCAUCUACAAAAUGUGUGGAAACGAAAGCCCGCGCAAGCAAGACCCUCUGGCAAAUGCGGACGAAGACACAGACAUUUCUUACAAGAAACUCAAAGAAGAGGAGGUGGCGGACACCUCCUACGGCACGGUGCCAGCGGGCAACUUAAUAAUGAUGGAAACCGCCCAGACCGCUCUCUGAGCACCCAGAUGUGCCCGGGAGCUUCCGUCUUGCUGAGAUGUUCCUCCGUGUUUUGUGGCCCCCCCCCCGUGGUGGUUACACGGGGCUCAGGAGGUCGAGGGUGACAGCUGGCCCCCCAUGAUCACCCAGGCAGCCCCUUCCGCCCUGCUCAUUUUCAGGCUCACCGGCUCAGUCGCCAAGCACUUCCACAAAUUGCAAAGCCAUGUUGUGACGAGUUGCACCUGGGACUGGCUCGAGUGUUGCCUGAACUGGUUAAAAGUGCUUUUUAAAUUGUUAUUUAUUUAUUUAUCUAUCUAUCUAUCUAUUUAUUUAUUUUUUACCAUCACCAGUUUCUAUGACUGCUUUGACCGUAGAAACUAUUAGAAAACAGGGCCCUGGAAAUGUAGAAUUUGGGUGCACUGUCUUAACGAGUAAAAAAAAAAAAAACAAAAAACAACUAUCUUUGUAAGGCCUAAUUGGAGUUUCGUGUAAUUGUUG